CAGGCGCGCAGUGCACAGAAGGAUUUGAAAAUGUCGGUUGCAGGUUAAAAACGAGAAGAAAUUCGUUUCCAGGAAGCUCAAGCACAGCACACCAGUUUGGUUGUCUCUGUCUAGAUAUUUAAGGAGCAAGGGAUUCAAUUGACCAUCCUUCCUGCUCAAACUGUGGGGAAGGAUUCACUUGAUCAUUUGACCAACUGGCAAGAACAUCAUUUUGCACAGGAGAAAGGCCGUUCACCUACUCAGUGGGAAUGGAUUCAUUCGGUUAUCACAAUUGAAGGUUCAUCAGGAAGUUCACACUGGGCAAGGCCAUUCACGUUCUGUGUGUCAGAAGGGAUUCUGUCGGACAUCACACCUGCGAACACACCAAUCAGUUCACAGCACACCGGGCAGAGGCAGGUCAUCUGCUGAAUUUCUGGGAAAGGAUUCACUCAGUCAUCUGACUUAAUGGCUCACCAGCAAGUUCACACCAGGGAGCGGCCGUUCACCUGCUCAGUCUGUGAGAAGAGAUUUACUCAGUUAUCCAAUCUACAGAGUCACCAGCGAGUUCACACUGGGGAGAAGCCAUUCACCUGCUCAGUCUGUGGGAAAGGAUUCACUCUGUCAUCCACCCUGCUGGUACAUCAGCGAGUUCACACUGGGGAGAAGCUGUUCACUUGCUCAGACUGUGGAAAGGGAUUCACACUGUCAUCCCGCCUACUGGUACAUCAGCAAAUUCACACUGGGGAGAAGCCAUUCACCUGCUCAGUCUGUGGAAAGAGAUUCACACAUUUAUCCCAACUACAAAGUCACCAGCGAGUUCACACUGGGGAGAAGCCGUUCACCUGCUCAGAAUGUGGGAAGAGAUUCACUGACUCUUCCACCCUACAGAGACAUCAGCGAGUUCACACUGGGGAGAAGCCAUUCACCUGCUCAGAAUGUGGGAAAGGAUUCACUCAGUCAUCCGAACUGCAGAAACACCAUCCAGUACACACUGGGGAGAAGCCGUUCAACUGUUCAGACUGUGGGAAGAGAUUCACUCACUCAUCCACCCUACAGAGACACCAGCGAGUUCACACUGAGGAGAAGCCAUUGACCUGCUCAGUCUGUGGGAAGACAUUCACUCAGUUAUCCCACCUACAUAUUCACCAGCGAGUUCACACUGGGGAGAAACCGUUCAUCUGCUCAGUCUGUGGGAAGAGAUUCACUCAGUUUUCCCUCCUACAGAGACACCAGCGAGUUCACACUGGGGAGAAGCCGUUCACAUGCUCAGUCUGUGGGAAGAGAUUCACUGACUCUUCCACCCUUCAGAGACACCAGCGAGUUCACACUGGGGAGAAGCCAUUCACAUGCUCAGUCUGUGGGAAGAGAUUCACUCAUUUAUCCACCCUACAGAGACAUCAGCGAGUUCACACUGGGGAGAAGCCAUUCACCUGCUCAGAAUGUGGGAAGAGAUACACUGACUCUUCCACCCUACAGAGUCAUCAGCGAGUUCACAUUGGGGAGAGGCCGUUCACCUGCUCAGUCUGUGGGAAAGGAUUCACUUGGUCAUCCGACUUACGGAGUCAUCACCGAGUUCACACUGGGGUGAAGCCAUUCACCUGCUCAGUCUGUGGGAAGAGAUUCACUCAGUUAUCAAACCUACAGAGUCACCAGCGAGUUCACACUGGGGAGAAGCCGUUCACCUGUUCAGAAUGUGGGAAGAGAUUCACUCUGUUAUCCCACCUACAGAGACACCUGCGAAUUCACACUGGGGAGAAGCCGUUCACCUGUUCAGAAUGUGGGAAGAGAUUCACUGACUCUUCCACCCUACAGAGACACCAGCGAAUUCACACUGGGGAGAAGCCGUUCACCUGUUCAGAAUGUGGGAAGAGAUUCACUGACUCUUCCACACUACAGAGACAUCAGCGAGUUCACACUGGGGAGAAGCCAUUCACCUGCUCAGAAUGUGGGAGAGGAUUCACUCAGUCAUCUGACCUGCAGAAACACCAUCCAGUACACACUGGGGAGAAGCCGUUCACCUGCUCAGUCUGUCGGAAGAGAUUCACUCAGUCAUCCACCCUACAGAGUCACCAACGAGUUCACACUGGGGAGAAGCCGUUCACCUGCUCAGUCUGUCGGAGGGGAUUCACUCAGUCAUACACCCUACAGAGUCACCAGCGAGUUCACACUGGGGAGAAGCCAUUCACCUGCUCAGAAUGUGGGAAGAGAUUCACUCACUCUUACAACCUACAGAGACACCAGCGAGUUCACACUGGGGAGAGGCCAUUCACCUGCUCAGAAUGUGGGAAGGGAUUCACUCAGUCAUCUCACCUACAGAGUCAUCAGCGAGUUCACACUGGGGAGAAGCCGUUCACCUGCUCAGUCUGUGGGAAGGGAUUCACUCAGUCAUUCACCCUACAGAGACAUCAGCGAGUUCACACUAGAGAGAGGCCAUUCACCUGCUGAGAAUGUGGGAAGGGAUUCACUCAGUCAUUGCACCUACUGGCACACCUGUCAGUUGACAAUGGGGAGUGGCCAUUGUAAUGAAUCCCUGGGUUUUGUUUGCUGUGGACUGUCAUUUUAAGAGGGAGAGAGAGAUUAAGAAGGUGAAUCAGUCUGACUUGCAGCUUGUUUACAUCGCUCGCAGCCUGUUUAGUUUUAACCGAGGACAAAGACACUCAGAGUCAGAAGGAGAUGAAGGAGGAAAAAUGGAAGGUUCAAAACCAGUAAACCAAUGGCCAAGGGUCACUGUUUGUAAGUUUCCUAUGCUCAUAAGGGUGGGUUAAUUAUCAAUUCACCAUACAUCGAAUGUGUCCUUGUCCCCUCAUUUGAUGCAUAGGAGUGGAUCUGAUUUGGGAUAUCCUGUGGAGACCACUUAUGUGUUAACCCUUGCCUGGUUGUGGUGUGGUCAUUCAUUUGAAGAUGAUACCCCUUAUGACAAGUCACUUUAGGUGAUAAUUCGUAUGUACAUUUGUAAAGAUGAUGGAUAAAAUCUACAGCAACUGUUCUCUCAUUUUCCCACCAUGAAACCUGUGGAAUCCGAAAGAAUUGCCUUCUCUCAACAUUUACCCUGGAAAUACAAAUAUCUCUCUCUCAUCACGUAUUCUAUGGUUGAACUGAACUUAAAUACUUUACCAUCUGAAGAACCCAAGCCCUGAGCUCAAUAGUUUGGGAGUUAUAUUUACACACAUAUAUACACAUAACACUCACGAGGAAAUAUGCAGAUGCUGGAAAUUCAAACAACACACACAAAAUGCUGAUGGAAAACUGCAGACCAGGCAGCAUCUAUAAGGAGAAGCACUGUUGACGUUUCGGGCCAAGACCCUUUGUUAGGACUAACUGAAAGGAAAGAUAGUAAGAGAUUUGAAAGUAGUUGGGGGAGGGUGAAAUGUGAAAUGAUAAGAGAAGACCUGAGAGAGUGGGAUGAAGCUAAGAGCUGGAAAGGUGAUUGGCGAAUGUGAUACAGAGCUGGAGAAGGGGAAGGAUCAUGGGACGGGACGCCUCGGGAGAAAGAGAAGUGUUGGGGGGGGGGGAAGCACCAGAGGGAGAUGGAGAACAGGCAGACAACUAAAUAUGUCAGGUAUGGGGUAAGAAGGGGAGGAGGGGGAAUAACAGAAGUUAGAGAAGUCAAUGUUCAUGCCAUCAGGUUGGAGGCUACCUAGCUGUUCGUCCAACCUGAGUAUGGAUUCGUUUUGACAGAGGAGGCCAUGGAUUGACAUAUCAGAAUGGGAAUGGGAUGUGGAAUUAAAAUAUGUGGCCACUGGGAGUAAUCUGUUGCUGCUGGUUCAUUUAUAAGUGUUACGGUUUGUAACAAAAUGGGGCUGCGUCUGGGAUAUGAACAAAUUUAAGGAUUGAUUUAUUAUUGAUAUCAUUUGGAAAUCCCUUUUGAUUUAUUUGUGUCUGGAAAAUCAGCAGCAAUGGAUUUUCAUAGAUAUCUGGAAGGGUCAACCUCUCAGGCAUUAGAAGACACUAGAAGGAUUGAGUUGUUGAGUAUUGCUAAAACGUUAAAACUUGCAAAGGUGAAAUUGACAAUGAGGGGGGCACUGAUGCAGAGGAUACUAGCUGAACAUUAUGUAUCUGAGGGAGUGUUUAAAGUGGAGGAGUUGGAGGUGUUUCCUGAAAGUAAACCUCGUGAGCUUGAGCUCCAGUAGAAGUUAGAAAAAUUCAAGAUGGAGUCUGCGGAAAGGCAGAGGCAGAUUCAGGCUAGAGAGGCAGAAAAGCAGAGAGAAAAUUCUCUUACAAUGUGUAAUUAAGGGGAAGGGUUAACAAGUCUAUACAGCUUUGACAGUUGCUGAAGCAUCUGAUUAUUUAUUUAUUUAUGCUGCCCCAAUCAUCGCCACUGGGCUAUAAAUGUGCAGGAGCUGUGUGUGGUUCAGUGCUUUGUUCAAGGACACACACGCUGCCUCGGCUGAGGCUCGAACUCAUGACCUUCAGAUCGCGAGUUCAACACCUUAGCCACAUGGCCACACACCACACAUUAUGACCUCGUGGAGCAGGCUGUGCUCAAAGCUUACGAGUUGGUCGCAGAAGCAGACAGGCAAAAGUUUAGAAAUUUGAGGAAAUCUGUGAAUCUGUGCUUAUGAGAAAUUUGUGUGUAUUGCAAACUGUUGCACAUAUAAAAAUGUAAAUGAUGAUUUCAACAGCUUGAAAGAGUUGGUUUUAAUUGAAGAAUUCAAAGGCUGCGUCCCUGAUGACAUAAAGACGUAUUUAGAUGGAAAUGAUGCUGCCACUAUGCAGGAGUCUGCUAGAUUAACAGAUCAGUUUGCUUUAACUCAUAAGGUUAAGUUUACCCUGAAUAAGAGUUUCCAAAAGAGUAGCAGGGAUAACCAGGGUAAACCAGAGAUUAAUGCUGGGAUUUGUCACACUUGUCAAGUUGUGACAAAACCUAAUCAGGUCACCCCAGUGGCCCCACGGCGGCCUAUACCUGCAUUCGGUGAACCCUUUUCCAAUGUUAUAGUGGAUUGUGUUGGCCCAUUGCCAAAGACUAAAGCUGGCCAUCAGUAUCUGCUAACUAUUAUGUGUACUACAUCCAGAUUCCCAGAGGCAAUACCCCUUAGAAAUAUUAAAGCUGAACCUGUGGCGAAGGCUCUUACUGAGUUUUUUUUUACUUUAUUCGAUUUGCCUCAAGAAAUCAAGUCUAAUCAAGGAAGUAAUUUUACAUCUGGGUUAUUCCAGCAAGUAGUUUAUGAACUGGGAGCAAAACAAAUUACAUCGUCUACAUACCAUCCGGAAUCACAAGAGGCUUUAGAAAGAUUUCACUCUACCCACAAAACAAUGAUUAGGACAUACUGUGUUGAAAAUGGAAACGACUAGGAUGAAGGAAUACAUUUGUGUUUGUUCGCAGUAAGAGAGUCGUUUCGGGAAUCAUUGGCUUCACUCCAUUUGAACUCGUAUUUGGUCGCAGAGUGAGGUGACCUUUGACCUUGUUAAAGGAGCGGUGGAUUGCUGGGGAUGUGCAUGUUAACUUGUGACUGUGUUUUGAAGUUCAAAAAUAAACUACAACAAUCCUGUAGUCUAGCGAGACAAAACUUAAAGGUUUCUCAAAACAAAAUGAAGUGUUGGUUUGAUAAGCAGGGUUGCGAAAGAAAAUACCAGGUAGGGGAUAAGGUGCUUGCCUUAUGUUGACGAAUCCGCUUCAGGUGAAAUUCAAUAGACCGUAUGAAAUAGUCUCAAUUUAA